UCGAGUGGUACCCCGGUCCUGGGCUCAGACUGGGCGUGUGGAGCCCAGAACGCAGGCCCGUGUGCGCGAGCCCUGAGGCCACGACAGAAACACCUUCUUUGGAUUCUGAAUUUCUUCUAAAGUGGGACCAAGAAGAGAACUGAUAAAUACGUUGGAUUAAAAAAAAAAUGGCUCAUGGGCUGGUGGUGUUCAGAGAUGUGUCAGUGGACGUCUCCCGGGAAGAGUGGGAAUGCCUGGACUCCGCGCAGAGGGACUUGUACAGAGACGUGAUGUUGGAGAACUACAGCAACCUGGUCUCACUGGGGCUCUCUAUUUCUAAGCCAUCUGUGAUCUCCUCACUGGAGCAAGGGAAGGAGCCCUGGAUAGUACUGAGGGAGGUGGCAGGAGGACAGUGCUCAGACUUGGCAUCCAGGUGUAAGCCCAAGAAGUUAUUUCCAAAAGGAGACAUUUGUGAGAUAGAAUCACCCCGGUGGGCUAUUGUGGAAUCAUUUAAAAGUAAUUCUGAGAAAUCCAUUUCCAAUGAUGUUUGGGAAUGCAAAAAUCAAUUUGAGGGCCAACAGGAAGGCUAUUUCAGCCAGUUUAUUAUAAACCAUGAACACAUACCCAUUUUUCUCCAACACACAUUACUCACUCAGGAAUUCUGUCACUCAGAAAAAAAACCUGAAUGCAAAGAAUAUAGGAAGAACUUCAAUUACCACUUGUUUUUUAGUCAUCAAAAAAGAACUCACUCUCAAGAAAUACUUUCUGAAUGUAAGAAAUGUACAGAAACUUUUAAUACAUCAUACCUUACUCAACAACAGAGAAUUCAAAAUAGUGACAAAUGUAAGGAAUGUUGGAAGGCCUUUAUUCAUUGCUCCCAACUUAAACAACAUCUGAAAAUUAAUAAUGGUGAAAAACGCUAUAAAUGUAAAGAAUGUGGAAAGACUUUUAAUUAUGGCUCAGAACUUAUUCUACAUCAGAGAAUUCAUACAGGUGAGAAGCCCUAUGAAUGUAAGAAGUGUGGAAAGGCCUUUCGACAACGAUCACAACUUACUCAACAUCAAAGACUUCACACUGGUGAAAAACCUUAUGAAUGUAAGCAGUGCGGGAAGGCCUUUAUUCGCAGCUUUCAGCUUACUGAACAUGUGCGACUCCACACGGGUGAGAAACCCUAUGAAUGCAGAGAGUGUGGGAAGACCUUCAGGCAUCGUUCACACCUUACCAUACAUCAGAGAAUCCACACUGGGGAGAAGCCUUAUGAAUGUAGGGAAUGUGGAAAAGCCUUUAGCUAUCACUCAAGCUUCUCUCACCACCAGAAAAUUCAUUCUGGCAAGAAACCUUAUGAAUGCAGUGAAUGUGGGAAGGCCUUUUGUGAUGGCUUACAACUUGCCCUCCAUCAAAGGAUUCAUACUGGUGAGAAGCCCUACAAGUGUAAGGAAUGUGGGAAGGCUUUUCGACAGUGCUCACACCUUAAAAGACAUCAACGGAUUCAUACUGGUGAGAAACCUCAUGAAUGUAUGAUAUGUGGGAAAGCCUUUAGGCUUCAUUCACACCUUACUCAACAUCAGAGAAUUCAUACUGGUGAGAAACCUUAUGAAUGUAAGGAGUGUGGGAAGGCCUUUAGCUAUCAUUCAAGCUUCUCACACCAUAAGAGAAUUCAUUCUGGAAAGAAACCUUAUGAAUGUGGGAAGAACUUUAAUCAUAGCUUACAAUUUAAUCUAUGUCAGACAUCCCAUACUGGUGAGGUGCCAGUAAGGUUUCCUCCUCCCCAUCCUAGAUUAGUAUCUUGAUUUAUUUCUGGAGGCGUACAUAUUUUUUUUUUUAGUAGUACUGAUUUAUUUCAGUAAUUCUUUAGAAUUAUUUUUUUUUCCAGUGAGAAAACAUAAGUUAUUAAAAGUAAAAAAAAGUUCUGGUUUCAGUGCUGUUUUUGAGUUUUUGUAAUAAUCAUGAUUGAAAGUAUGUUUUAAAAAUGUGUAUAUUUUUACCAAAACCAGUGAAGUGUGGCAGAAAUAAAA